AUUGUCAAAUAUCUCCCUUCCGCCUUUUUGUCUUUUGAAUUUCGCGGCUAUGUACAAAGCGCUACAGAGCUCGUAUCUGGCAAUACUAUACAUAAUUUGAAAGGUCUUGACGUAACCUACAAAACGACGGUAUGCAUGAUUAGUUUGGAUAUUGCGUUCAACAGUUAUAGACGUGCAAAUCCGCUAGAGAAACGUUCCGUGAGAUUAAUGGUGUUUUGGGGGAUGGUACUCUAUCACUUCGAACCGCGGAGGAAUGGUUUCGACGAUUCAGAGCCGGUGAAAAUGACACCAUGGAUAAGCCAGCCGGCGGAAGACCUGUGACGACAAAUACCGAUCAAAUCAUGGAAUACAUCGAGUUAGACCGGCAUUUGGCAUCUCGUGACAUCGCCCAGGAGAUGGGAGUUAGUCACCAAACCAUUUUAAACCAUCUGCAGAAGGCUGGAUACAAAAAAAAGCUUGAUGUUUGGGUGCCGCAUGAUUUGACGCAAAAAAACCUUCUGGACCGAAUCAACGCCUGCGAUAUGCUGCUGAAACGGAACGAACUCGACCCAUUCUUGAAGCGGAUGGUGACUGGCGACGAAAAAUGGAUCACAUACGACAAUAUCAAGUGAAAACGGUCGUGGUCGAAGGCCGGUGAAUCGUCCCAAACAGUGGCCAAGCCGGGAUUGACGGCCAGGAAGGUUUUCCUGUGUGUUUGGUGGGAUUGGAAGGGAAUCAUCCACUAUGAGCUGCUCCCAUAUGGCCAGACGCUUAAUUCUUCCAUCUACUGCGAACAACUGGACCGCUUGAAGCAGGCGAUCGACCAGAAGCGUCCAGAAUUGGCCAACAGGAAGGGUGUAGUGUUCCACCAGGACAACUCCAGACCACACACUUCGUUGAUGACUCGUCAGAAGCUACGGGAGCUCGGAUGGGAGGUUUUAUCGUUUCCACCAUAUAGCCCGGACAUAGCGCCAAGUAAUUACCACCUGUUCCUGUCCAUGGCGAACGCCCUUGGUGGUGUAAAGUUGAACUCAAAGAGGCUUGUGAAAAGUGGCUGUCCGAGUUCUUCGCAAAUAAGGAGGGGGGCUUCUACGAGGGAGGUAUUAUGAAGUUGCCGUCUAGAUGGAAACAGAUUAUCGAACAAAACAGCGCAUAUUUGAACUAAAUCCGAUCACUGUAACACUUUUUAUAAAGCAUUGAAUAAAGAGCAAAAAAGCGGAAGGGAGAUAUUUGACAACCUUAUA